AUGAAACAUUUUAAAUCUUGUUUUUCAUCAUCAUUCAAGACACUCUCACAACAUCAAAGUAAUAAUAAUAAUAAUGUAGUGGUACUAUUAAAUAAUAGCCAAGGCUUCAUCAAGAGAAAUAUCUAUCAGAGACCACAGCCUAAAUUAACACUUUUUGAUAGAAAUCAAGUUAGAAAACAUAAAGAAUACUCACUUAAAUGUACAGAUGGAAAGGAAGGAGAAUAUGAUUAUGUAAAGGCUAUUAUUGCCAAUAGUAUUGUGGAUAGAUUGAGUUAUUUCUCGAAAUCAUUAAAGAGUGUUUGUGAAAUUGGAUGUGGAAAGGGAUUUUUAAUUGAUAGACUAUUGAAUAAGACAAUUAUUGAUUUUUUACCACCUGACGAACGUAAAACUGCUUUAGAACAAGCAAAGAAAAACAAAUCAUCAAUUGGAGAAACCGAACUUAAUUAUCCAGUAUUGCAUUUCCAAGGAAUUGAAAAUUAUACACUUUGUGACCAAAGUCAAUUGCAUUUGGAUGCUAUUCAAAUACCGAGUGAUUUAGGAUUAAUUAAAGGAAAUACUAUCAAGAAUAUUACUAAAGUGCAUUUGGAUGAGGAUGGUGCAUCACUGCCGUUUGAGGAUAAUUCAUUGGAUUGUGUAGUUGCUGGAUUCUAUUUGCAUUGGGUAAAUGAUUUACCAGGAUUUUUAAAGGAAGUGGAAAGAGUAUUGAAACCUGACGGUGCAUUUGUUGGAGCAUUACUUGGAGGAAAUACUUUAUCAGAGUUGAGAACAAGUUUCGUCCUUUCUGAACAGGAAAGAGAAGGAGGUGUUUCUCCACACGUCUCCCCACUCAGUUCCAUUGAGGAUGCAGGAAAUGUCUUGACAAGAGCAGGUUUUAAAUUACCAACAAUCGAUGCCGAAACAAUCAAAGUAUACUAUCCUGAUCCAUUCACUUUAAUGCACCACUUACAAGGAAUGGGAGAAAAUAAUGCCUUAUUCAAGAGAAGAACUGUUAUUUCCAGACAAACAUUAAUAGGAGCUGCAGCCAUUUAUGAUCACAUGUUUAGAGAAAAUGAUAGAGGAGUGCCAGCAACCUUUGAGGUUAUUCACAUGAUUGGAUGGAAGCAUGACGAAAGUCAACCAAAACCCGCUAAAAGAGGUUCAGGAACUCUAUCAAUGAAAGAUUUUGCUAAAGAAAUAGGUACACAAUUACAUGUCGCUGUUGAUGAUGAAUCAAAUCCAGGUAGUUCUUGUAGCACAAAAUAA